UGGCAUUAAUAAGUCUCUAGGGUCUCAGGAGGAGAUCUUCCUAGUCUUGCUAUCAACCCGAGAUCCUUUUAAUUGGAAGUGUUAACCGGGAAUUGAGGGAUCCACAGUUGUUGGUUUCAGUGGUGCUUGCUGACCUGUAGCCUGAAAAACUUUUUAAUAUACUUACUUAGGUUGCAAUCCUAUACAUGCUUACCUGGGAGUAAGACCCACUGACCACAGUAGAUGCAUGUAAGAUCACACGGCUAGCAUUUCUGGACAUAAUGCAAUGCAACGAGAAGCUACCAGGUGGAGGCCACUUUGAAUUACUUCACUGUGAAGCAGGUUUAAGAACAAUUCUAUAAACACAAAGGUCCAGUUUGUACUCCUCCUUUCUACCAUGCAAAGUAGCAUUUGAAAUGGAUUCAUCACAUAGAUCUCUAAUUAAGCUUAACACCCAAUUAAUGAAAUCUCUCUCUCUCUCUCUCUCUCUCCCCAGUAUUGUUCUGACUGGCAGCAAUUCUCCAAAGUCUCAGGUGUGCAGGGUCUUUCCCAUCACUUAGUACAGUACCUGAUACUUUUAAAACUGGAGAUGCCAAGCACAAAAAGCAGGGGCUCAACAUACUGAGCUACACAGUUUCUCCUCAUAACAUGAUGCUGACAUGACAGAAACAACCACCACAACCCACACCUUCUUUAAAUUUAUACUGUGCUUGUCUUCUAUCAUGGAACCCAGGCAGUCAUCAUUUCAUCCAAGCCCUGGCCAAACCCAGAUCCAUCCCUGAUGUGCCUUCAAAUCCUAUCAAGUCAAACAACUGUGAUAAAGGCAGAGGCCAAUGACAGGAAAGGCACCGCCUGUGCGACUUAUCCCCGCCCUCCCUGUGCGUGACUUCCAGUCAAGGGGCUGCAACUUUCUGCUUUCGUUUCCUGGCGAUCCUCCCUUUGCAGUCGGGGAUGCAAAGCUCAGCUCCUAAUAUGGAGGAAAGUGAGAUUACAGGAGCACUUGUAAAUGAGACGGAGAAUGUUAAAGAACCAGAUAAAUUAAAGACUACUGAGGAAGGCCAAGUUGCAGACCGACGUGUAAAUGAGGCGGAAAGGGAACGGCAAGAAUGGGAGGAGAAGGUUGGCAAAGCUGAAAAGGAAAAGGCCGAAACGCUUCUUUUGAAACUUGCUGCCGAUGAGAAGAGGUGCCGCUGCCAAGAUGAGUUCACAAAGCUAAAGGAUCAGGAAAACGAGGCGCUGAGGGAAAGAAUGAUGGUGCAGGAGAAGCAUCAGGAGGAACUUUCCUUAAUAAAUUCAAAGAAUACUGAGCUGAAAAGGGAAAUUCAGAUCCUUAAAGCCAGGCUUGCAAAAGAGAAAGCCAAAUGUGGAGAGCUUGCACAGAGAUUUCGGCUCAAAAAUGACAUACCUGAGAAGAAGAUGAACUUUGUGCGGCUAGAGAAUAUCAAGGAUGAGGACAUGUAUAUGAACAUAACCUGCCUUUUUCACAUAGCGACAAAAAUCCCAUUCAGGAUAAGCCAAGGAGAAGUUCUCAUCACGUUUGAAGAGGAAUGUGUUGCCCAGGGACUGAUCCAAAAACACUGCCAUAAUGUGAACUUUGAAAGUAAGGUGAUAGCUAUGAAAGCCCUGCCUGUUAUCCUGGAGAGGGGAGUAACAUUUGAGCUCCAUGCUAAGAUCUCUAGAAAGCAGAUCAAUGUUUCUAACAUCCCAUACCUAAACAUCCCUCAGGAAUGGAUGAGAGAUAAGUUGGAACUGAAUUUGUACAAAGCUAAACUGGGGGGAGAAGUACAGAAUGUGACCUAUGACCAGGAGUCCCAGAUGGCCCUCGUUACUUUUGGCCAGCCAAUAGCUGCUAACAACAUUGUGAGAUGUGGGAAAUGCCCUUUCCGUACAGGUGAAAAGACUCAUUCUGUCCUGGUUUCUCCUAUCAUAGAGAAGACUCUGAAAAGAUUUCAGAUAUAUUCAGGGGUUUCCCGGAGAACCAUACUGCUAACAGGAAUCAAGGCAGAAGAGGAUGAUAAAGAAAGUGUGCAAGAUAUGAUUGCGAUCCACUUUCAGAAACCUAGAAAUGGUGGCGGUGAAGUGGAAAAUAUCAAAUUCAUUUCACAAGGAGACAAAGUUGCUUACUUUGAGAAUGAUGCAGAGAAUGUUAUAUGACAGAGAAGUUGAACUUGACUUUCCAUUCUGCCAAGGGCUUCAUAGAACAAUAAAAUAUGCUCUGAAUUUAUUUUUUUAUUAUUACACUGGAUGGCAUGCCUGCUUUUUUUCUAAAUCAAAAGUCAUUUUUCACAGAUAGGAAGGUUUUCCUCUGAUCCAGCAAAAGCAAUGACAAACAGUGCAAUCCUAUCUAUGCAUGUUUACUUAGAAGUAACUCCCACUGUUUUAAACGGGGUCUAUUCUGAAAAAGUGUGCAUUGGUUUGCUGCCUAUGUUCAUCAGACUGUAAAGAAGGCAUCACUAGGCAAGCAAGCACUGAUUGAUCUUAGCGCCGCAAUAGGAAACAAGCCCCAACAGAGAUGAUGGCUGACAUAAGAUGACCACGAUUCCUUUACGAUCUCAGUAAAUUGAUUAUAUACUAAGUCUUUAGAGUUGAAGGUUCAUUGCAGAUAGCUAAUAUUGGAUCCUAGAUUGCUGUAUAAGUGCUCAUAAUAAAUUUGUGUGUUUCGAAUAUAUGUCUAGU